AUGGCUGACGUCGAAGGCGCCCUUCCCCUCGCGGCCCGCCGAGAGCUUCGAACCUCUAUUGCAGAGACUAGGGAUCCGCUGGUAGAAGCGCUACCAAAAGUCGAGCUUCACCUCCACAUUGAGGGCACACUGACCCCGGCUCUCAAAUGGAGAUUUGCCCAACGAAACGGCAUGACGCUCAAGCACCCGCGCACCGGAGCUGCCUUCUCUACGCUCGAAGAACUGCAGGACUCUCAUGAUAUUUUUAAGACUCUCAGUGGGGAUCGCAUGAACAAUGCGGAGGAGACACUAUCCUUCUUCGAGGCUUAUUAUGGCGGCUUCGAGGUGCUGAAGACCACACACGACUACCAUGACCUCGCGAUGCACUAUUUCGAGCAUGCUGCGAGCAUGAAUGUGCGGUAUUGCGAGCUGUUCUUCGAUCCUCAAGGUCACACUCGCACCGGAGUGACGUGGCAAACAAUGAUGGAUGGCUUCCGUUCCGCCCAAGAAAAGGCAGAGAAGGAUCUGAAAAUCAAAAGUGCCUGGAUCAUGUGUUUCCUUCGAGACGAGCCAGUGCAGUCAGCCAUGGACCACUACCUCGCAGCACUCGAAUACCGCGACAUGAUAGUCGGUGUCGGCCUUGACUCGAACGAAGACCAGCGGCCUCCGAUGCUCUUCGAAGAGAUCUUCGACAGAGCAAGAAAGGACGGCUUCCGAUUGACGGCGCAUUGUGACGUUGGCAAAGCAUAUCCAGUUGAGAAUGUUCGCCAGGUGGUUUGCUCCAUUGGGAAAACCGGUGCCGACCGUAUCGACCACGGCCUGAACGUCGUUGAGAGCGCUGAGCUCAUGGAAUCGAUCAAAUCGAGGGAAAUGUGCAUGACGAUAUGCCCCUGGUCUUACAUUCGCCAUCAGCCAUUGGACGAAGUGUUUCAGCGAAUCCGCAAGCUCUUCGAUGCCGGUAUCCCAAUCACAAUUGCCAGCGAUGACCCGGCGUUCAUGGAGGAUACCUGGAUUUUGGAGAAUCUGCUCGUCGUGAGGAAGUUCUGCAACUUCACCGACGAGGACAUGAUCAGGCUCGCGGAGAACGCUAUCCGCACCUGCUGGGCCCCUGACGCGGUCAAGGGAGACAUUACAGCCGUGUUGAAAGUCGUAAAGGAGAAGUACCUAGGAACAUAG